CUUCUCCACCAUCAACAACAACAUUAACUAUGACUUGUUCAUCUUCUUCAAUUAUUAUAACCAUUACUACCAUCUUCUACCUAUUUUCAAACUAUAAUUCAUAGAAAAAACAUCAUCAUGGUUACUACUACUACUACUCCUACGAAACACCCUUCUUCUAAUGUUAUGUCUCUUCCAUUUCCAUCUCCUAAACCUCCACCAGAGUACCCUGAUUUGUAUGGAAAGCGCCGCGAAAUGGCUCGAGUUCAAAUGCUUGAAAGAGAGAUUAGUUUUCUUGAGGAAGAAUUAAAAUCUUCUGAAGGUUUUCAACCAUCUUCAAAAUGCUGCAAAGAGAUUGCUGAUUUUGUGACAGAAAAUUCAGAUCCUCUGUUACCAAUGAGGAAGAAGAACCGCAAGUCAUGUUGCUUAGGGAAGUGGCUUCGUCGGUUGCGGUGUUUGAAGUUGUCAUGGAUAUGUUGCUGGUGGUGCGAUUGCUUCUCUGGUUGUUGCAACCGCAAACCAAGAAAUUGCAAAUGUAGUAAUUGUCUUCCAUCUAUCAAUUGUUCCUUAACAAAUUGGUGUUAUAGCUGUGAUAAAAAAUCACAUUGUUGUAAAGAUAUUUGUGGUUGCAACAACUGCUGUUGUAUUCUACCAGGUUGCAAAUUUAGGUGGCCUUUUUCUUCUUGCUGUUUUUGCAAAUGCUCAUGCUCUUGCACUUGUCCUAGUUUCCCAAAAAAACACAAAAUAAUGCUCAUGAGAAGUGAAGAGAAUUACAAGGCAAUGGACUCGGUAUUAACAACACUAUAUGCUGCAAAUUUUGACAAAUUCUUUCAUGAUGAGAGCGGAGAGGAGGCAUUUGACAUUUUUAUCAAAUAUUGUGAAGGAGGCGAAAAAAUGAAGAGUAUGAAGCUACAAUAUUUGAGAAGGCGGUAUGAAUUACUGCAAAUAGAGAAGAAUGAAACAGUUGCAGCAUAUGCAUCAAGAUUCAAGACUUCGUAUCCACCAUGA